AUGCCUUUUUUCUACUACUAUAUUUCUCCCAUCAUCACUUCUAUCUCCCACUCUUUUCCCCUGUUCGAACCCUCUCCGAUGCCUUUUUUCUACUACUAUAUCUCUCCCUUUUCUAAUUUACACUUUUCCCCUGUUCGAACCCUCUCAGCUGCCUUUUCUCUCUCAUUAUCUCACUCCUCUAUCAUCACUUCUAUCUCCCACUCUUUUCCCCUGUUCGAAUCCUCUCCCAUGCCUUUUCUCUCUCAUUAUCUCACUCCUCUAUCAUCACUUCUAUCUCCCACUCUUUUCCCCUGUUCGAAUCCUCUCCCAUGCCUUUUUUCUACUACUAUAUUUCUCCCUUUUCUAAUUUACACUUUUCCCCUGUUCGAACCCUCUCAGCUGCCUUUUCUCUUUUAUCUGUUUACUACCCAUCUCUAUCUUCUCCUCUUCCUCUGUUCGAAUCCUCUCAGCUGCCUUUUUUCUACUACUGUAUUUCUCCCAUCAUCACUUUCAUUACUAUUCUCUUUUCUCCUGUUCGAACCCUCUCAGCUGCCUUUUCUCUUUUAUUUCUUUAUCACUCAUCAAUACCUUCUACUCUUCCACCGUUCGAAUCCUCUCUCAUGCCUUUUCUCUAUUACUAUGUCUCUUCUAUCUAUCCUCUCUCAUGCCUUUUCUCUAUUAUUAUUUCUCUUCCACUGUUCGAACCCUCUCUCAUGUCUUUUUUCUAUUACUAUAUUUCUCCCACUAUCUCACUACUCAUCAACUUCUUCUACUUCUUUUCAUUACUCCCUUCUCUUACUCUCCUCUAUUCCUCUUUUCUAUUCUCUUUAUCCUAAUAUCUUCUUUUCUCUAUCUCUCCAAAACUAA